UUCGCAGGGAGAACUUUAAAGUGCACAUGUUGAGAGACAAAGGGAGGAGAAGAGACGGCAGCGCAGAGCAGGAAACACACAUCUCAGCAUGAGCCAGUGGAAGCAAAUUCAGCAGCUGGAGAACAGACUUCUGGAACAUGUGGACUAUCUGUACGACGACACCUUCCCCAUGGACAUCAGACAGGGACUGGCCGGCUGGAUAGAAGAGCAGGACUGGGACACAGCAGCUGAAGACGAGCCCAUGGCAGCCGCACUCCUGUCCAACCUGCUGACCCAGCUGGAGAGGGUUCGUUUGCAGGAGCAGAACUUCCUGCAGAGGCACAACAUGAAGAUCAUACAACAACAGCUUCAGAUGAAGUACUCCACCAAUCCUGGCGUCAUGGCCAGAGUGAUCUCCACCUGCCUGAGGGAGGAGCGCCGGAUCCUCUCCUCCUCCUGCCAGCAGGAACAGGGGCCGCUGGAGAAAUCACUGCAGGAUUCUGGGACCUUUGAGAGGCAGAAGAACAUGGAGAACAGGAUUGGUCUGAUCAGAGGCGGCGUGCAGUUCAUGGACCAGUCGGUGAAGUACAUCGAGGACAUGCAGGACGACUUUGAUUUUCGCUACAAGACGCUGCAGUCUCGAGAAUCAUCAGAUAGGAACUCGGAGAUGAUGAAACAGGAAGUAGCGCGGCUGCAGGAAAUGCUGAACAGGCUCGACUUCAAAAGGAAGGAAGUCCUGUCCAAAAUGGAUGUCCUGGUCAAGGAAAUCGAUGACCUUAUGACCUCUCAGCUCAACCCUGAGCUCAAGGACUGGAAACGCAGGCAACAGAUCGCGACCAUCGGCGGCCCCCUGCUGACUGGUCUGGACCAGCUACAAAGCUGGUUCACCCUGACGGCCCAGAGUCUGUUCCAGAUCAAGCGUCAGCUGGACAAACUGGGGGAGCUGGUGCUGAAGGUCACGUACGAGAGCGACCCCAUCCAACAGCAAAAACCUCUGAUUGAGGAGCGAAUUAAGUACCUCCUCUACAACCUCAUCAAAAGCUCGUUUGUAGUGGAGAAGCAGCCGUGCAUGCCCACCCACCCACAGAAGCCCCUCAUCAUCAAGACCGGAGUACAGUUCACCACCAAAGUCAGGCUCCUGGUGAAACUUCCAGAGGUCGAUUAUCAGCUCAAAGUCAAAACAACAUUUGACAAGGACCUCCCUCCAGGCAGAAGUCGUCAGUUCUUCAUCUUGACCAACAACACUAAAGUCAUGGACAUAGAGGACUACUCCAACGGCUGUCUGUCUGUGGAGUUCAGACACCUGCAGUUAAAGGAGAAGAAAUACAUCAAUGGUACAAAAGGGAAUGAGGGUCUGCUGUCGGUGACUGAAGAACUCCACUCCCUCAGUUUCGAGGCCAGCUUCACUGUCCAGGGUCUCAACAUUGACCUUGAGACGUGUUCUCUGCCUUUGGUGGUCAUCUCCAACGUGAGCCAGCUGCCCGGGGGCUGGGCCUCCAUCGUGUGGUACAACCUCCUGACCGACGAGCCAAAGAACUUGGUGUUCUUCGGGAACCCGCCCCGAGCCAGCUGGAACCAGCUCUCUGAGGUGCUGAGUUGGCAGUUUUCUACCUUUGCUGGUCGAGGUCUCAACAAGGAGCAGCUCAGCAUGCUGGGAGAGAAGCUUCUCGGUCUCCACACUUCCUGCAGUGACCACACGGUGUCCUGGUCCAAGUUCUGUAAGGAGAACAUUUCAGGGAAGCCCUUCAGUUUCUGGAUGUGGUUGGACUCCAUCCUGGAGCUCAUCAAGAAACACCUGCUGCCGGUGUGGAACGAGAACUACAUUAUGGGUUUUGUGAGUAAGGAGAUGGAGCGCAUUCUUCUCAAGGACAAAGAACCAGGAACCUUCCUGCUACGUUUCAGUGAGAGUCAUCUGGGAGGAAUCACCUUCACCUGGGUGGAACACAACGGCAACGGGGACGUCAAGUUCAACUCCGUGGAGCCGUAUACUAAGAACCGCCUCAGCGCGCUCCCAUUCGCAGACAUCAUACGAGACUAUAAAGUGAUCUCAGACGGAGUGGUUCCAGAGAACCCACUAAAGUUCCUCUAUCCCCACAUCCCAAAAGACGAGGCCUUCGGUCCGCUCUACAACAGUCAGCCCAGUAAAGUCCAUCCGUACAUUCCAUCAACACUGAUUCCCAUCUCAGAACUACGCUCCAGGUCCAUCACCACGCCUCCUCCGUGUCAGUCUCCUGAGCCUCCAAUGACUCCAGGUGAAUUCCACAUGCUCAGUGAACACCUGUGCUUCGACAUUGACACAAUCAGCCCCCCGUACUCAGAAUGAGACUGAGACGCUGAGUGUUCUGCUGAAAAGUUCCUCACCCAGCGGUUGAUAUUGGAAUUGGAAAGUGUUUGGACAAUAUCGGCAAAUGGGCAAAAAGUUGAUAUCGGACAUCCCUCGUUUUUAUAUUAUAAUAUAUAUUCUGCUGUAUUUAAAUAUGCUUUGUUCUCUGUGUGCAUUCAUUUUAUGUUUAUUCUGGGGGGUUUUUCAGACAUAUAUAAUGAUAUAAAUAAUCAUUCCUGAAUUCUUCAGUUGGUCUAAAAUGUUAAAACAUGUUUUUCAUCUUUAUCUGUAUGAAUCAUUAAAGUUUCUAUAAAGUA